UCAGAUCCAAAAAGUUCGUAAAAAAACACGGUUUGUCCCAAUUUUCGACGGAUUUAGUAACGAAGAUCUACAUAAGUUGGAGCCGGUGAAGAUGGAGAUGAUCGAUAUUGAAGAGGAGGAAUGUAUCGACUUCGAUUCCCGGUGGAACAGUUUGAUGGAAAUGCUGUGUGGUAUGAGCAAUCAGAUCUCCGAGUUGGGUUCGCAGGUUACAACGAUCAGCACCCAAAUCAAUGAUAUCGACAACAGGCUAAAAAAGAUGGAAGAGCAGCAAGAAGAAUCGAUGUCCGUCGUCCACAGCGAAGUGAAAGUACUGAAAUCACAAAUAACUACGCUUAAAGGUGCGCUGGAGUCCGUCGAAAUCGAGUCUGUUACUCCAUCUCUAUCGUCUUUGGUAAAUCCGGCCAAGAGUAAAGAGGAUCUAGAUGAUCUCGAGACCAAAGCUAAAGACGAACAGUUCCGUUGUUCCGUUAUAAAUGCAGCGGCGCGCAUCCACGGCUUUGAUAGGAAAGGAGAAGGAAACAACAUUUGCUAUCAAAUGGUUGAUUACUUCUUCGAUAGGCAAUUCAUGACCAAAUGCUCCUGGUCUGGAAGAUCCAGACGAAUCCCGGAGGAUGAUUCACUAGUGCAAAAGAUUGGAAUAUACACUUACGGUAACAUCAUAGAAAUGUUUCAUGCAUGUGUUGCCGUUUCAGACGAUACAUUUACGCUAAAUCAAAUCGAAGCCUUUUUCCGACAAUGUUUAAGCCAUUCAAAGACGCGGGCAAACGCACAGAUGAUAAGAAAGUCCGCUGCACGUCGACGAAACGCAGUAAAGAAAAUUACGAACGUCGAUUCAGACAUGAAAGCAAUCGUAGAAAAACAGCUUCGAAAUCUGCAAGCCAUGCUGUAGGAUGUAGGAAUUUGCAUUUUCUGAAUAAACCGAAAUACAGCCAUUCCCUUGAGUGGCGUAAUUUAAAG